GAAACGCAUUCCCGCUGAACACAGACUUCCGGCGGAAAGGAAAGUGGGUUCCGACCUUCCGCGGAGUGGGCUCACGUUCUCGUGUGAAGCCUGCUUUUCUGAGAAGGCUCACUUCAAAGGCAGCGAUGGCUUUCGAGCAGACCCUCAAAAAGGACUGGUACAGCAUUCUGGGGGCAGACCCGUCUGCACAUGUGUCAGACCUAAAACAAAAGUAUCAGAAACUCAUAUUACUGUAUCAUCCAGAUAAACAAAGUGCAGAUGCGCCAGCAGGAACAAUGGAGGAAUGUAUGCAGAAGUUCAUUGAAAUUGAUCAAGCAUGGAAAAUUCUAGGGAAUGAAGAAACCAAAAAACUGUAUGACCUGCAGCGGCAUGAAGCUGAACUAAGAAGUAUGGGGCCAAUAGACACACAAGUCUACCUUGAAGAAAUGUCCUGGAACAAAGAUGAUGGGUCUUUCUCUCUGAGCUGCCGAUGUGGGGGAAAAUACACUGUCUCCAAGGAUGAAGUGGAAGAAGUGAACUUAAUUUCUUGUGAUACGUGUUCACUGAUUGUGGAACUCCUUCAUCAGCACUGAACUGUGUAUUCCUACAAUCCUUUAAGUCAGCAUGGUCCAGAGGCCACUUGGGCCUCAAGGAAACAGAUGCUUUUUUACUACAUGUAUAAAUUGCCAAGAUAAUAUAAGAUCUUCAAGCAAAAAGCACUUCAG